AUGAAUAAUUAAUUUUUACCUGAUGAUGAUGAUCCUUAACUCAUGGAAGAAAGGAAGAGCUUGUACAAAAUUUUUGGAAAGGAAACUUCCUUAGGUAAGGAACUUUUUGGAUUAUACAAUGCACAUGAAAAACCAAAAAUCAAUUAUCCUAAGCCAAAACAAAAAACAUAAGAGUAGUUGCAUUCUGAAAAAAUUAAAACUUAGAAGAGUUGUCCAUAAAAAACAGUUAUUGAAUAUCCAAAAGAAGAACCUAAACAAAGAUAAUAAUAUUAUCCCAUUGAUUUUGUUUAAAAAAGAAAACCAGAAGCAGAAAUCAGAAAAGAAAUUGAGAAAUACUAUGAAGGUAGAAAGUUUUUCAGGCCUGCUGUCUAGGGAUAAGAUAGAAAAAAAUUGAUUGAAUAAUUACAGCGAGUAUUUAAAUAUAAAAGAGGAGCAUUGCCUAAGGGUGCAGAACUACCUGAAAUCAAUAUUAAAAAUGACGAUGCUUUCUUAAAAGAUUCAGAAACAACUUCAAAUGCUAUAAAGAAAAUGCAUAAAAAAGACUUAUAUUUUACAGGACUUAAAUCUGACAAUCAAUCUGAUGCAACAACUUUAUAAGGAGAUCCUUAAAUUGAAUUAGAAGUCCUAUUUUCAUCGAUUAUGAAAGAAAUUGAAGAAAGACAGGAAUUUCUUUAAGAAAUUGAACAUCUAAAUGAACCAAAAUUGAAAUAAAGAAUCAAAGAUGAAAUUAUUGAAAGAGUUGCGGAAUUAUAAAAAGUUUAAGAUUUGAGAAGACACUAUUGUAAUUGA